UCCUACGGACAAUAAUACUGAACGUACCGCAACAGUAGAAGCGCUGUACAGCGCUAGGUCGCUUAUUUUCUUUGGGAUUUUUUAUUAUUGCGGUUUUAAAUUUUAAAAUGUGCAGCUGACCGAAGAGAAACGUCAUGUUCCCUAACAGGCUGAGCAGCCGGUUAACUCUGACGGCCCUGAGAUGGACCGCUGUGAGUCGGACCUGGCCCCCGUCCUGUCUCUCCACCCUGUCCAACUGCUUCCUGCAAAACCAAACAGCGAGGAGUAAAGACGGCUUCCUUUCAGAGUCUGCUGUGUUGAGACGAGUUUUGUGCAGCCAGUGUCGGUGUAAGUUGAGACCCAGAGAAACGCAGCGCAGGUCGUUCAGUCUCUCUGGUGCUAAUGUGGUGAACUCGGCUCCUGCUCAUGUCCAGCCUUACCUGAGACUGAUGAGGCUGGACAAACCCAUCGGAACAUGGCUGCUCUACCUUCCUUGUACGUGGAGCAUCGCCUUGGCAGCGGAGCCUGGAUGCCUCCCGGAUGUCGGGAUGCUUGCCCUGUUUGGUACCGGCGCCCUGCUGAUGAGGGGUGCAGGCUGCACCAUCAACGACAUGUGGGAUAAAGACUUUGACAAACAAGUGGCCAGGACAGCCUGCAGACCGAUCGCAUCGGGGGAGAUUUCACGGAUGCAGGCGCUGGUUUUCCUCGGAGGGCAGCUCUCCCUCGCUCUCUGUGUUCUUCUGUGUCUCAACUACUACAGCAUAGCUCUUGGUGCCUCUUCUCUCUCUCUUGUAAUCACUUACCCACUGAUGAAGAGGAUCACUUACUGGCCACAGCUCGUAUUGGGGCUCACUUUUAACUGGGGCGCUCUGCUUGGCUGGGCCGCCGUGAAGGGCUCCUGUGAUUGGUCCGUAUGCCUUCCCCUGUAUUUCUCUGGAGUGAUGUGGACGUUGGUAUAUGACACAAUCUAUGCUCAUCAGGAUAAAGAGGACGACGUUAAAGUGGGAGUAAAAUCCACAGCGCUGAUGUUCCAGGAGCGAACCAAACUUUGGCUGAGCGGCUUCACGGCGGCCAUGUUGUCUGGGCUGGUCGUAGCCGGAGUCAGUGCCGAGCAAACGCUUCCUUACUAUGCCGCGCUGAGCGCUGUGGCCGUUCACCUCGCACGCCAGAUUUACACAGUGGACAUCAACAAAGCAGAAGACUGCUGGAAACAGUUUAGUUCAAACAGAAACCUGGGACUUCUGUUGUUUUUAGGAAUAGUUGCUGGUAAUUUGCUGAAAGAAUCUAAAGAGAUAUGACUGUAAAAUAAUGGAAACCGUUGGAUUGCACUUAAUGUACUUUAAAUACUGAAAUGUAUUUAGGGAUUUAUUUUAUGAUCAAAAAUGUUGUGCAAUUAUUUUUAUACUGUACCAUCAAGGAUGCGAAAUGACAAAUCGCUUGGACAUAUUACUUUUGUUUUUGGCUCAAGACAAAAUAUGUUGGCUAACAGAUCGCUUUGUGCUUUCAUGUUUUUUUAUGUUGUAAAUUUAGCAAAAAUAAAGUUAAUCUGAAUGUUGUAAGAUAAAUAGACAUCCAAACAAUUGUGAUUUAAGUAUCUAAAACUAGAUUUUUCCAAACAAAUUAAGUUGAAACCAAAAAUUUAAAUACACUGACUAAAACAUUUUUUUCCUCACUGUCUGAAGUUAAAGCAGACCAAGUAAAUUUUUGUUUUAGGUCAGUUGGAAUUACCAAACUUAUUUCUAUUUGCUACAUACAGUAUAUCACAAUAAUGACAGAGUAUGUGAAAGAUUUAUUCAUGACAGUCUUUAAAAUCAGAAGUUUAAAUACAGAGUGAUUAUUAAACAAUGAAGGAAAGCCAUUUCCUGGCUUUGGAAACUUCUGAUUAACAUUUGAGUUAAUUGGAGUCACACCUUAAACACAUUGCUUUCUUUUUUGACGAGAAGGUCAAAAUAAGUCUUGGGGAACAAUUUCCAGAUAAUUGUAGGUGCAGUUUUUAUCUGUUUAAACAAUUAUAUUCAAGUAUAGAUGUAAUGGAAAUAUCCAAUCAUACUGAAAUACUUUUGGUGAUUCUAACUGACCCAAACCUAGAAAGGUUUGGUCCAAUUUAACUUCAGGUAGUGAGGGAAAAAAAAUGUGUUUUUUCCAAUUUUUUUUGAAAAUGUAUGUAAACUUUUUUCAACUGUGGUUUGAUUAUAAUUCAUCUUUAUCUGAUUCUGCAACAAAAAAUGUAAACGUAAAUGUUAAAGAUGGUAUUGUUGA